AUUUAAGGCAGCGUAUGGCAUGAAUUCUCUUCCCCCUCUCCUCUCUUCUCCUCUGCUUUAAUACCAAUAAUCCAUUUUCUACAUUGCAAUAGAGGAUUGCCGAUCUUCAUAUUGUGCUCUCUGUUGCUAUAUUCGAUUCUAUUUCCAUCCUUCUGAUUAAGAUGGAAUACAGUCAAGUCCAGGUGCCAAAGUAUGAUUGCCUUCUCUUUGAUCUUGAUGACACCCUUUACCCUUUAAGUACUGGUCUAGCAGCAUCAGUCCUCAAGAACAUUCAAGCUUAUAUGGUUGAAAAGUUGGGUAUAGACGAGAGCAAAAUCCCGGACUUGUGCAAUCUACUCUACAAAAACUAUGGCACAACAAUGGCAGGUCUUAGGGCAAUAGGCUAUGAUUUUGACUAUGACGAGUACCAUAGCUUUGUCCAUGGUAGAUUGCCUUACGAAAACUUGAAACCGGAUCCUGUGUUGAAAAGCCUCCUGUCUAGCUUGCCCAUCCGCAAAGUGAUCUUCACAAAUGCUGAUAAGGUGCACGCGAUCAAAGCUCUGAACCGGCUAGGUUUGGAAGACUGCUUUGAAGGGAUAAUCUGCUUCGAGACUCUGAACCCUACUCACAAAAGCACUGCAUCAGAUGAUGAGGAUGACACCGAGUUCAUAGGAUCAACGCAAUCCUCUGCUGCAGUGAAUGGAAGCUCUGGGGUUUUCGACAUCAUUGGAUAUUUUUCUCAGCCUGAUGCAGAGGCAUCUGGCUUGCCUAAAACACCAAUCGUCUGUAAACCAUCAGAAUCUGCCAUCGAAAAGGCCCUUAAAAUCGCCAGCAUAGAUCCUCACAGAACAUUAUUCUUCGAGGACAGUGUCCGAAACAUCCAAUCUGGAAAAUGCGUAGGGCUCGACACUGUACUGGUUGGGAAAUCACAGAGAGUGAAAGGAGCAGAUUACGCGCUGGAAAGCAUCCAUAAUCUGAGGGAAGCCAUACCUGAGCUGUGGGAAGCUGAUAAGAUUGGCAAUGUGAGCUACACUGGCUCAGGGGUUGUUACAGUUGAGACAUCUGUGACUGCUUAAUUAGGUUUCUAUUGUCAUUUUCAUUGCAAGGGAGAUCCCAUGUUUCAUGUGAUCUUCUUUUCUUGCAUUUAUGUCACAUGUCCAUUUCAAUCAAGCCUUGUAAAUGUUUUGGUGUUAAUAUAAAGUUUAUGAUUAUUUGCAAUGA